UCACGCAAUAUGCCAGCAAAUUUGCAAAACUCAGCAGUCGCCACAGGACUGGAAAAUGUCAGUAUUCAUGACAGUGUCAUACAGUUAACACCCAUUUCACGUACUACCAAGGUUGUGCUCAAAAUCCUUCAAUCUAUCAUUAAGUAGUAUGUGAACUGAGAACUUCCAGAUAAUUCAGUGUAUUAGUAGAUAAAAGAAGAAAAGCUAUGUGAUUAUCUCAAUAGAUCUUGAACUACAGUUAAUAAAGUCAGACAUGUAUGCCUGGAAGCAGUCUUUAGUAAUAACAUAAUUAAACUAUGUACCUCAAAAUCAUACUCAGGAAAGUGCUUCAGGGAGAUAUAUUAGAAAUUAAGUGAUAUUAAUGUUAGAAACAAGGCAAGGAAAUUCUCAUCACUAUUAUUUAACUUUGUUCUAGAUGUGCUAACAGUUAAAGAAAUUAGAGAAGCAUGGUAUUGAAGUAAUCCUCAAACACUUUGGAUAACAUUCAAGUGCUUUGUUCUGGAGCUAUCCACCUUGUUAAACUUUCAGCCACAUUCAGUUAUUUCCACAAAUGCAGUCUCACAGUGUUUUUGGUUAGCUUAUUUUAGUGGUUUUGCCAUUAAAAAAAUCUCAAAAAAUUUUGUUUGGAGCUCUAAUGAGUAAAGUGAAAGCAGAGCUACUUUUGUUGCAGAGGGAUUAGGGAGCAUUGUAGUCGCCUCUUUGUCAUCCAUGACUCCUCCAUUAGCUUCUGGGAAUGCUGUGUGCAACUGUAAGAUUUACAACCCUAUUCUGCUUCAUGGAAUUUUUUUUUGUGUCACAGUUAAUAGUGAUAUAAAACAAUCUUUGUAUAAAACAUGACCAAUUUGAUAAGAUCAUCUUAUUCUUGGCAAUUUUCAGUCCUUCUUUGGUUAUGGUAGAUAUUAAAUUAGAAGCAGCUUGGGGCUUGGAGUUGUGAUUGAGAUGACUAAGGUUGCCCAAAGCAGUUAUACAGAGAAGUGGUAACUGAUGCCAAGAUGGGGCACAAUAAAAACACCAACUAGAAUGAGGCAGCAUUCUGGAACUGCCAUUUCAGAUGAAGGUAGAUAUUCCAGAGCAUCUUAAUGGCUCCAGAAUACCAUGCUGCAUGGAGUUCUAAAAGAUGGUUCUCAGUAGAAAAGACAGCACAGCCUUGUGCCGUGUGGGAAGUAUGGGCUGUGUAAAGACAGAUGCUACAUGAUGUGGAAUAUAUGUGGAAUCUAAAAAAGUUGAACUCAUCACAGCAGGGUGAAUGGUUGCUUCCAGGGGCUGAGGAUGAAAGAAAUGGGAAAAGGAAGCCUCGACCUGUCUCCCAGUUGGUUGCACAGCAGGUUACUCAGCAGUUUGUACCCCCUACACAGUCAAAGAAAGAGAAAAAAGACAAAGUAGAAAAGGAAAAAAGUGAAAAGGAAACAACUAGCAAAAAGAACAGUCAUAAGAAAACCAGGCCAAGAUUGAAAAAUGUGGAUCGGAGUAGUGCUCAACAUUUGGAAGUUACCGUUGGAGAUCUGACAGUCAUUAUUACAGACUUUAAGGAGAAAACGAAGUCACCGCCUGCAUCUAGUGCUGCCUCUGCCGAUCAACACAGUCAGAGUGGCUCCAGCUCUGAUAACACAGAGAGGGGAGUGUCCAGGUCAUCUUCACCCAGAGGAGAGGCCUCGUCACUGAAUGGAGAGUCUCAUUAAAGUUUAUUUUCUCCAGUUUCCCUCACUUCUGUCAUACCAUGCAAAUACACGGAUUAUGCCAAGAAGUACCACAUUUUCAUGACAAACAUAUUCACACACAAUCCAUGAUUUGUGUUUUAAUUAAAAUAGAAAUUUGUUAGAAUUCGUUAGAUUUUAAUUGCAAUCUGUGCCUACCAAACAUUUCCAGACUUAAUGUUUUGGUCUCCACAGUUAAAGAUGCCAUGAAAAUGUGGUUGAGUUAUUCAUUAUGCAGUGUUAUUGGUAAGUCUAUUUUCACUUUUAGUUUAGUGAAUUCUAACACAUAAUUCUUGAAUUCUCUACUAUUGGCAUGUAAGAAUUUAAAUUUUUAUAACAUAGUGCAAGUUGCCUAAAUAUGUAUUAUUUGAGAAUUGUGAAACAAAUAGUUAUAUGUAUACAAGUCAAAGAUCAACUUAACCAACUAUUGCUGCAACAGAAUUUUCUUAAUGGUUAUCCUCUUAAGUACACCUGCUGGUACUUGGUGUGGUUAAAUAGGAAGAUUGUUAUUAAAUAAAGAAUUUGUAUGAACCAUUGCCAAUGUUUUUGACACAUUUUACUAAAUUAUUGUUUCUGAAUUAUGUUUUAGGUUUUAUCUGUUUUGGGGGGGUUUGCUUAUCUUUCAAAACAUUCAUUUAUUGUAAUGUUUACUAGCAGACUAGUAAACAAUAAAACAUUGAUUACGUAGCUUUAUAAUUCAGGUUUAGUGCUAUUGUCAUUGAACACUGGUAUUUUCUGUAUUGUAUAGAACAUUAAAAUUCAAGUAAUUAUAAGCAUUUGACGAAAACAGAAGAGAAAAGAAAGCUGUAAUUUUAAGAGCUGAAUUUUGGAAAAGCUUUAACUUAAUAAUAGUUUUAUCACUGUUUCCUUGCCCCAGACUUAUCCAGGGUCAUAGGAGUAUGAAUCUAAUUAAUACACAAAUGGGAACUGUUGCACAGAACUAGGAAAUAACUAAUAUUUAAUCAGCUUAAUUGGCCUCUUUAUUAAAUAUAACAAUUCUUAUAAAAAUUAUAGUACCCUAUUUUCAGAGACACUUGCCAGUUUAUGCAUUUAUCAAUAUCCUAAAAUUAAAAAAAUAUUUACAGCCCCACUUACUAUUAUGUAAAUUUACCAAUAAAAUAUUUUUAUGACUACAGAUUUUGCAUUUUUGUUUACAACUAGUAAAAGUGUUUUAUGUUGUCUUUAAAAAUCCAACUUAGAAACCACACAGUACUUAAAUUCUAGGGUCUCCCGCUUUCUCUUAGCCAUUUGUUUAAUACAUAUUUACCUGUAGGAGACUUUUGAACUAUAAAUGAACUUUAAAUCAUAAUGUGGAUACAAAAUAUCACAUAAAAACAUCAUGAUAACAUUUGAAGAAAGGAAAGUGUAGACUCUGACAGUUGUGAUAUUUGGUGGUUUCAUGUGGUAAUGUAAUUUUUUGUUUAAUUGCAGUACUUUUUACAGGCACUAUGGUACUGUCUUUUUGUAAGAUGCAAGUUGUGAAAUACAGUUAAUUGCAUACAGUAAAAGUCUGUGAUUAAAACAUUUAUAUACCUCAUUCUUUAGUGUUGUUAAGUGAAAGAAUUUUGUUUUUAAGAUACUUCCAGUGGAACCCCAAAUAACUGGUAUGUUCUUUUAAAACAUGAAAUUUUUAAAUUUUAUUCUUUUUCACAUGUUUCAAAUGUUUUAUAUAUAUGCAUAUAUAUUCAUUUUUUAGAUGUAGUAAAAAUUGCAAGUAUUAACUGUAAUAGGGAAAAUAUUAUAAUAUUUAAACUAGAACUACUCUUUGGGGAUACUGGGUCUUCUGAUGAUGAUUAAAUACUUUCUAGAUGUAUUUUAAAUGGACUGCAAGAGAGAAUAAUCAGACAGCAGACGGGAUUUUACCUGAACAGAGCACAGUCAUCUUUGUAAAUAGUAAGGAGACACUGCAGCAUGGAAAUGAAGAUGCUAACUGGAGUCUGGCAUUUUAAUCUCUUGGAGAACCUAAGUUAGCUUGAGUGAGUCACUCCAGGUCAUUUCCCCUCUGGUAUACAGGGAUAAUGAUAAUCAUGUCUAGCUCAUAGUGUUGUUGGGUUAAAUGUCAAUCCGUAUACAGUUCUUAAUAAUUACCUGAUACAUACCCAAUGCUCAGUAAAGGUGAGCCUUUACUAUCUUUAUAGGUAAAAUCCCAUUUACAGAAACGUAAUGCUUUUUGGGUUUUUUUUUUGGUAACAAAAAUUAUUUCCAUGCCUUCUUGCAUGACUGAAAGGAAUUGUGUUCUCCAGGUUAAACUGAAUUUUUACACCAGAUGUUUGCUUUGAUCCCAGACGAGCUAUCUUUCUAUAAUUAAAGAAUUUGAUGAUACGCAUUAUGAGACAAGAGAAAUGAGUUGAGUUGGCUACUUUGACAUUUUGUUUUCCUUUCGUUAAUUAUAGUUACGUUUAUCUGCCUUUGUUUCACCCUACCUCAAAUACACUUCGAAACCAGGAGACAGACCCCAGUUCUAUAAAUACUUAUCUCUAAUGUUCAAGUAUGCAAAAAGAUUCAGAGCCUGGGCUUAAGGUAUAUAUUUAGCUCUGUUUCAUCAGCUUACCUUGUGGUUUUAAUAGUGGAUUCUUUUAGCCAAAUUCUACACAAAAAGAGCAUUUGGAUGUUUUUCAGAGUUUAUUAGCUUAUUUUGAUAUAAGUAAGAGUGAAGAUAUAAUUUGAGGCAUACAAGAAUACAUAUUCUUAAAACCUUUUAUAUUACACAGAAAUAGUUGACUUAAUAACUUAAAGGUUUUAUUUUUAUUAAAUGCUUUCCUAAAAUUAUAGUGAUUAUAGACAAAGUGAAAACAUUUAAAAAGAAAAGACCUCAGCUUUUCUAAGUUGACAUAUUACCUUUUUUUUAGACAAAAGUCCUCAUCGCCUGACAACAUUGUAGUUUAUUCAUAGUAUAUGCAUUUAUGCUGAGUGGUCCAGAAUUUUUAGUUUCCACUAACACUCUUAUUUUACCUGUUCUUUGGUCUGCCACUUAUCUCUUUCCUUAAAUCUUUUAAAGACUUGAAGUAGGAACUGGGCCAUUAAUAGAAACUUCUGUACUGUACUUUGAAAAUUAAGUGAAAACAGUGAACGUGUGUGUGAAGAAUAAUCACAGAGUAAUACUUUGACUUAGCACUGGCUCCCCCCUUAACCACAGGCACCUUCAGGUGUCUGGAACAAGUGAAAUGUAGAAAAACUGAGGUGUAGAAAAGUCAUCAGUGACAAAAUAGCAGAAUCAGGAGGCAGCGAAGGUUACAGAAUACACAAUGUGACUGAUCAUUUUGUGAAAGCAGAAGGAUAAAACAUUCCCUGGCUAUUGAGGGUGAUGAAAAAGAAGGUCCCCUAAUAACAAAGGCAAGAAAGUGCAGAAAUGGGAAAAAAUAAGGGAGGCAGAAAGAGAAAAAGCAAUAAUAGUAGGAGAAAUGAGAAAAUGGGACAUGGGAAUGCAGUUGAUGGUGGCAGAGGAGAAUCACUAGGAAGGGAGAAAAAGGACAAAUAGAAGAAUUUGUCUUGGAAAGUCUCUUGGAAGAAAUUUUAAAGCAUGAUAAAUCAUCUUCAUAAUGACGCAGUCGUUGUUCCAGUUGUGUUUACUAGAGCAGCAAUAUGUGUAAUAGCUGUAAAAUGAUUUUCUUCAAAACCAGUUCACUUUUAGAAGCGUCAUAGAAAAGAUUUACCUUGAAUUAUAUGAACACUUUACUGUCUUGAAUGCACAACCCUGCUAGCCUGGAUAAUCUAAAUGUUACACUUUUUAAUACAGCUUUGUAUUUAGCCAGUGCAGGUAUUCCUGCCUUUGCGGAAUGGGCUAGUUCUGGAGCAUAUGAGAUGUCAUGAUAAGACCAGGUCCAUACAUACUAGAAAAAUCAAGUAGAGCUCUGAAAGCUUUCAGUUCUCUGGGACAUGUUUCAUGUUCUGAAUUGCUUUUCCGUGGUGAUUUCUCUCCCCUCCUUCAGUGAAAGUUGUAGGCUAUAGUAGCUGUUUUAUUGCCACUCUCAGUAUUUUCCUGAUCUUGAUUUUAUGUUGGUAUUCAAUUCAACGAACAUUUAUCGAGUUUAUUUGUGUCUUAGGCACUGGUCUGGGGGUUGGUUUCAAAGACUAAGAUGUGGAACUCUCAUACUAGAGGAGAGAUCUGUAAAUAUAAUGCCAUUACUUCAACAAUAAAAAUACAGAAGCAACAGAAGAGGGAGGGCUUGCCACUUUCUUUUCCUUCCUAGAAAAUUCAGGCUUGGCCUGAGUGCCCACUGUGAGUCCACAUUGAAGAUACUAGGAUCUCACCUUAAUACUUGCAGCUGAUAAUGUUGGGUGUUAACCAGUAACUUUUGCCAGCUACCAUUUCAUCACCUUAGCUUGAAUUUUCAAAAGUUAGACCUUAAGCCAUGUAAUGUGAGAUUAUCAUUUUCCCGUUCUAAUUUUUAAAAGUCAGUAAACCAUUGAAUGAGAUCUCCUGUUGCCUUUUUCUGAGGAUAUUGAGGAAACAUUACAUCUCUUGGAAUCUAAAUGAGAAAUUUUAUUCAGACCUGUUUCAGGAAGAGCUUUACUUCAACCUGAGAAAUCAAUUUGCAUGUUUCUUAUGAACAAUGCAAAUCAUUGACUGUUUCCAGUGUUUGCUUUAGUUGUGAGAAAUCUCAGAUUAAAAUCAGGCCUACUUUUAAUAAUUAGGUAGAACUCAAUCAUCUGUAUAUUUGUAUUCUGACUUGUUAUUUUUGAUCCAACUGUAUUUUUCUAGAUUACAAUUUUUAUCUAUUUAACCUUUUUCCUUGUGUUCUAAAGUUCCUUAAAUCUCUUCUGUAAAUAAGGCUAAAUAGUAAUACUUAAAAAAAAAAAAAACUCAAAAAAGCUGCUUAAUUUUAGUUGUGAGGAUAAGCUCCCAUGUGAAAUUUUCAGGGCAAGUAUCCAGUAAAAUGCAUCCAGCUGAAAUUCCUGCAGAGUGGAAAUAAUACAUAAGUUUGGUGGGUCUUCAGUUACAUCCAGGGAAACCUGGAUCUGCUGAGUUACCUAGAUAUUGAUAAUGUUCAUCAACUCUUACCAAGAGAAUUCAGAAGCUAAACUGGGUACUAAAUCUAUUAAUUUAAACUUUUUCAUGUGUAUUAUUUUCACUUUUAAUUCAGACUAAUAGCAACAAUGAGAUUAGCCUAUGUUUAGAGUUGGGAUGUUGUUCUAAAACCAGUUGGGGAGUAGACUCCUAAAGGACAAAAACGAAGUGAGAGCGUUAAAAAGGAAAGGAAAGUAGGCUGGUUUCAGAAUUAAAGAACUGAGUGAUCUGGCCUUAGGUUGGAGAGAGAGCUUUUGGUCUUUAAUAAGAGAUAUAUGAAAGACUAUGAUGAUUUCAAUAUACGAUAAGGUAAAUAAUGUAAGGGACACUUAGAACAAAAAUUAUCUUUUACCUUUAUUUAAAAUACAGAAAUGAGAAAAAAACCAUUUCAACAUAUGAAACCUAUUAAUAUUAAAAAAAAAA